UUAUCAACUCUAGUACGGCAUGCUCCAUACUCAAAUCUAGGAGAAAUAUAAAGCAGGAGGAAAAAAAAAAAAAAAAAAUGGCCACCCCCCUCUACGACCCAAAAGACGUCCCCCGGAUCAAAAACGCAAAGCGACUCUCUGCCAUCCGCUCAAAACAACUGGUCCGGGCGGCGGCGCGGGCCUGUGACGAUCCCCCUCCACCGCCGGGCUUGGGCGAGUGCUGUGGGAGUUCUUGUGAUCCCUGUGUAAAUGAUUUGUGGAAGGAGGAGUUGGCUUGUUGGAGGGAGAGGUGGGGGGUUUCUUCUUCUUCUUCUUCUUCUACUUCUACUUCUACUUCUACUUCUAUGGUUACGGCCACUGGGACAAGUACUGAGAGCGAGACGAAACCCAAGGGGAAAAUGCCCGGGAGUUUUGAUUGGUGACUUGAUUUGGACGCACAGAGGCAGGGUGUCAUGAACGAGAAGAA